CUCCGCCUCGUACCAGGCCACACACUUCACUCUGCUCUCAUCUGGGAAUUUAAUGGCGAGAGAUAAGAAGAAGACAAAUCGGUGAACAAUUGUGUAAUAAGUUCACUUUGGACAUGUUUAACCAGAUUUUUGGAACUGAAGCGGGUCUGAGUGGCUAAACAGUUUUCCUUCAUGACAGACAGCAGAGCACGAUAGAAGUAGUUUAUGAAGUGAAGACUCAGCGAUGCCACUCCCCAACACAGGCGCUGCCGUGCCCCCACCGGACGGUGGGUGGGGGUGGGCGGUGGUGCUGGGAUCCUUCAUCUCCAUCGGAUUCUCCUACGCCUUCCCCAAAGCCAUCACGGUCUUCUUCAAAGACAUCCAGAUCAUCUUCGAUGCGUCCUACAGCCAGGUGGCGUGGAUCUCCUCCAUCAUGCUAGCUGUCAUGUAUGCAGCAGGUCCCAUCAGCAGCAUACUGGUCAACACCUACGGCUGCAGACCCAUCGUCAUGAUGGGCGGCUGCCUUUGUUCUGUGGGUAUGAUCUCAGCGUCCUUCUGCACCAACGUGAUGCAGCUUUACUUCUGCAUCGGAGUCAUCGGAGGACUUGGACUGGCCUUCAACCUGCAGCCAGCGUUGACGAUGAUAGGCAAAUAUUUCUUUAAGAAGCGCCCCAUUGCUAAUGGGUUAGCGAUGGCAGGCAGCCCAGUCUUCCUCAGCACUCUGGCACCUCUCAACCAGUACCUCUUUAACCAGUUUGGAUGGAGAGGCAGCUUCCUCAUCCUGGGCGGGCUGCUGCUGAACUGCUGCGUGGCUGGCUCCCUCAUGAGGCCGCUCGGACCGCCGCCCGGCAAGGUCAAGAAGGACGAGGCGCUGGCCGCCGUCACCACUACGACUGAAAAGCGCAGCCUCUGGCAGAUAGUCAACAAGUACCUGGACCUGACGCUGUUCAAGCAUCGGGGCUUCCUCAUCUACCUGUCAGGCAACGUCAUAAUGUUCCUGGGUUUCUUUGCACCCAUUGUCUUCCUCGCUGCCUACGCCAAAGACAUGGGUGUGGAUGAAUACUCUGCUGCCUUCCUGCUCUCAAUCUUGGCUUUCGUGGACAUGUUUGCCAGACCCACCAUGGGGCUGCUGGCCAAUUCACGAUGGGUUCGCCCCAAGAUCCAGUAUUUUUUCAGUUUCGCUGUGCUGUACAAUGGGGUGUGCCAUAUCCUUUGCCCACUAGUGGAAAGCUACACUGGCCUGGUGGUGUAUGCAGUAUUCUUUGGCUUUGCUUUUGGCAUGGUAAGCUCAGUGCUGUUUGAGACAUUGAUGGACCUGGUUGGAGCGCCGAGGUUCUCCAGUGCUGUGGGACUCACUACAAUUAUAGAGUGCUGCCCUGUUCUUAUUGGUCCACCAUUAGCAGGGAAACUUGUCGACGUCACCAAAAAUUACAAGUCCAUGUAUUUCUGUUGUGGUGGUGUUGUCAUCCUGGCGAGUAUUUGGCUUUUCAUUGGAAACUUCAUUAACUACAGACUCUUGGAGCGCGAGCGCAAGCAGGGGGAGAUGUACAAACGAACUGAGACGGAAGAUCCCGACCGAGUUCGGGAUGAGAAGGAGGCUUACGGUGCGGCCCAGGCCUCCGAAGACCUGGCCGACCAAAACCAAAAAGAAGUAGAGCCCAUGCAAAGAGAGACUAAUAUUUAAAACCGUUCUGCACUGCCAAACCUUGACCUUUCACCCCAGCUGCAGCCGUGCAACACCUUCAAGUAUAAAUCAACUGAGCUCCAAGCCAAGAGUUGCCUCUCACUGAACAACCACACUCUGGUUGGGGCGCUCCUCGGUACUUCUCUGAAAAUAACUGCCAAAGCAACCGUUGAGUUGUAGGGAAGGUGAGGUACAGUAUCUGUUUAUAACAGCGCGCUAGCUGUGACUACAACUACAAUAAUAAGGCGGUAAACAUAAGGAACUUACAAACAAAACUUCCUAUCUUUUCCCUGCCACUCUCAUUCUAGAUAAGCACGAUCUCUCUGGGACACUGCAGAUAUGCUGCUGAUUUUAGUGUACGUAAGGUACAUCCACUGGAGUGUUUUUUUAUUCAGAAAAUAAGCAAAUUACUUUGAUUCACUUUGACUGAAUUGAAACCACCCAGGUUCAAACAUCCAAAAGUUGCAUCAGUCUGUUAUUCUGGUUUUACCUGGUUUCUAAUAUGAAGACAAUAUGAGCGAGAUGCAUUCUCCAGUUUAAAGACCCUUCAGAAAAUCAAUUAGUGUUCUAAUUAAAUAAAUCAAACACAGAUCCAGUUGUGGAAAAAAUACAUUGGGUGCAUUCACAUCAGCCUGUUAUAGUUUGCUUUAAUCAAAGUCUACUUUGUUUGUCUAGAAAGUCUGUUUCGUUCGGUGAGGUGUGACUCCAUAACGGAUCUCUGAUCUGGACCAAAAGGUUGAACUUGGGGUCUCGUGUGUCAGUACUGAUUUCUCCAUCAGUAAUUUCUGUGAAAACAAAUUUCACAACACCUAACAGCUUCACCUAACAUCAAACCAUUUGAUGGGACUGGUGGUACACAACUCCCUUAUCCAUGAAGAUGUCAAAAGCCUCUGCACUGAAAAUGACCUUUUACAGAAAAACGCCCAAAAUACACAAGGAAAUAACUUACUGUAGUUUCCUGCGUCACUGCUGCACAAGUGAACAUGUGUUGGCAACGCAACCAAUGUAGGCCACGUCACAGGACAGAUAUCAGGACACGUAUAUGUAUCUUAGACUCAAGUCAUGAAAACAGACACUUCUAAGUUGACUUAAAUUUGCAUCUUGAAACGUCAAUACCUGACUUAGACUCUAGAUCUUGAACUCUUUAUUUCAUGUAACAUUGCAUGAAAAUAAGCUGUUAAGUGUAAUGCUUGAUUUGUGCUUGACACAUCCUAGAGGGCCGCACAGCAGGGCGUUCAAAUUGCGUCAUUUCAAUAACCACGCCCCUUUAGGUAUUGUCCGUGCAGACAAAGUUUUUGACACCGUGCACCCUGGAAACUUAGUAACUACGUGUAGAGUUCCACAAAAAACAUGGUGGACAAGAAAGAGCGCCUCCUUGUGGAGGUUCAAAAAGACAGACAUUUUAAUGAUUCAAACAAUAGUGACAAUAACACCAUGGUGUCGGCAAGGUGCUAAUAACAACAGUGUUUUUAAUAGGUGCCCUACACUGCCUCCUACAGUCUGGGAGAAUAUUGAUCUGAUUCCACCUGUAAAUCAUUUGAGUUAAUGAUUUACUCUGUGAGUUACCAUUGUGUAUUAAAAAAUUGUUUGCCAUAUUAACAUCACAAAAUGAAGAUCUGAAGGAACAUUAAUAUCGCAGCAUACUCCUGUUUUUGUUUUCUGCUGGAAACAGAGGCGACACAUUUUUUAACGUUUUCUUCGCCUUUCUCUUUGAAGUUGCCAUGAAAAGUGUGUGUGGGGGGGAGGGGGGGAUGACGACAAAGCAAAAAAUGGCAAUUGGUGUCAGAGUUAAAAUUAGCUAAAGAAGUUUUCUCCUUUUUUUUUGUAUUUUGAUGGGGUCAUUUUUGACAGUGUUGCCAUCUACUGGCCUGGCAUGGAUAUUUCAGAAUUUGUCUAGGAAUACUGCUUUGGAUUUGUUUUUCUUCAAACAAUAUGAAAAGGGUUCAACAGAAUAAAACUUACUCCGACUGGGUUCCCCAGUUACUAUAAUCCACUUUUAUAAAAACUGAACAGAUGUGGUCACAGCUGGUGAUGCUGGUAUCCAUAUAUUACUCUGUCCUCUUGAGCACUGUGAAGCUGUGUUGUAAAACCUGUGCAAACCUUUGAUCAAGUCAUAAAAAAUGCUGCAUUAACCAUCUUGGGUACAACAGUCCCACGCUCAUAUCAAGUAUGCUGCACUAAAUGUCAAAUUGCCACACUUCAACCCCUGACAUUGUUUUAAAAUUGCUGCAAUUCACUGAAUUUAAUCACGGUUGAAUGUAAUUUCCUCUGUGGGCCUUAAUAAGGUAUUAAUGACCAAAACCCCGUCUGCGAAUUGGGGGCCGUCUACAGGCGGAGCCCAUGAGCAAUACACUCUCUCUCAUAUUAAUGCAAAUAUACAGGGAAAUGUGUUUCUAGUGGCAGUCCAGUCUGUGAUGCAUUGCCUUAAAUUUAAAUGCAGUGUAAUGAUUGCAGGGUAGUCGUACAGUUAGUAGUGGACAGACCAAAAUGAAGAUGAGAAACUUUGUAUUAAAUGUGAGACAUUUUAUUCCUGCUGCGAUAAAGAGAAACUCACACCCGUUCCAUUUGUCUCCUAACAUAUCUGCGUUGGAAUGUGAAAGCUUUAAGUGAUUGUGUUCUGUGUCUCGUUGUUUCAGUAACUGACUAACCAUUUCCAUUCCUGAAUGUUCAAUGUGUCGCAGACUUCUUCUACUAACUGGAAAUUGUAAUCCAGCCAUGUGUAGUGUUUGGUGUGCACACACAGACAUGCAGCAUGCUUUCCUUUGCUUUUUGGUGACAAUCGUGGGAAUACGUCUCUCUGCCCAGGGCGCCAUUCUGCCAAGGGGCAGCACAAGAAAAGCACUAGCUGCGUUUCUGUUACAAAUGUCCGCAAAAUGUUGUCAGUAUUCUGCUAAUGUCGAAAAAACACAAUUUUGGAAUUGCGGUGUUUCUGUUAAAUAAGAAACAAUUAAAAUCACAUGAUUAAGCUUGUUUAUACAAUAAACAAGCUUAAUCAUGUGCUUAAACACUUUGCAAUGGAAACAAAGUGUUUCCAUUGCAGUUUUGCAAAAUGAACCUGUUUCAAUACUUCAAAAAGAAAUCACCGCAACUUUGUAUUGAGAAACUAGAGUUUUUUCAAAAUUGGCGUGUUUCCAUUAAGCAAAUUUAUUUUCAAAAAGUCAAAUUGCGUAAUUAUAUGGUCACUGUAAAUGCAGCUAGUGUCAGUUGUGCCCACAUGUUUUCCAUUCCUUAACUGCAUGUUCAAUUUUGUAUUGAUUACUGUAUAACCACUGUAAGUAUGACAAUAGGCCACAGGUGACUAAUAGUUCCAGCUGUAAUUCAGAUUUGAAACAAACCUGAAGGGCUGUUUUGGUGUUGCUAAGUAUUGGAUCCUCUCUAGGUCAAAGUUUUAUCUCAUCAAACCUGAACUGGAUUGUUUUACCCUAAACAUAGAAGUCAUUAUUCUUGUGAAUUUUCAGACUUUGGGCUGUGGGUUGGGUCAGGACAUCAGGGUCCGCCCAGGACACCAUUCAUGCAAGAACCACCAAAGAUGCUACAUGCAGAAAAAACAAAACACACAUUUUGAUUUCAAAAUGAAUUUGAUCUUUGAAAGCAAUCAUAAACAAAAAGGGAGAGGGGGCGGACGCCUUUGUCUUGGCUUUUCCCUUGCCUUCAGCUAACAGGUGUACUGCGAAUCAUGAAAACACAUGUCCAUCUGUGUUGCACACCUUAAACCACAUUCUGUUAUUACCCUGGAGUCGAGAUGACGCUCAGUAAUGAGCUGACCUGAUGAGAUGAAUCUGCUGCUGAAGGCAGAGUGAUCGCUGCUGGUCUCAGAACAAAGCCUGUCCUGCUCAUGGUUUCAGCCACUGUUGUUGCUUUUGUUUUUUUAAGACUAUAACUUGGUUUCACUUAGAUACAACAGAAUGGAAAAAUAGAAUGUUGUUGAGUUUGUUUGUUUUACGGAUUCAGUUGAAAAAGUGAAACUCACACAUUGAUCUUUUGCAUUUGAAGCAUUAGUUAAUCAUUUUAAACAUCAUGGUUAACAGUUAUUGAAAACCCAAAAUUCUAAUUCUCAGAAUAUCGGAAUGUUACUCACGACAAUUCAAGUACAUCAUUUGAAAGUUGAGUGGAUGGAAAAACUCUGGUAGAAAAAGCUGAACUUGCUAAGAGGGAGAUGAUCAGAUGUGAAAAUGCAGAUGAGUUGAAAAUUGCUAAGAUAAAUGACUUGUGCUUCACAAUAAUUAUCUUGUUUUUCCUUCCACUCAACUUUCUGUGUUUCUUGGCUAACCCUUGAACAGGGUUCAUUGCCAAUGACCUUUUGUGGAAGAAGUUUGCCGGUAAAACUGUAGCCAGCAUUCUGACCCAUGAUUGUGUUGGCUGUAACUUGUCCAUAAGGUUUCUGGUUUUGUUAUAUUUAAUAUUGUAGACAAUUGGCUUGGUUUAUUUAUUUAUUUUUUAAGUCAUAACAAGUAAAAUGGCCAUAAAUAAUCACUUAAGUGUCACUCUGUGUUCAAUCAAUCUAUAAAAUAUGAGUUUCAGUUUUUGAAUUGGACUUGAUGAAAUAAAUAAACUUUUCUGUGAGAUUUGAACUCAUUGAAAUGUUCCACCUUCCUCUCCUGCGCUCACUGAGUAGAACUGACUUUACAAUCAAGUCUACCUAAUAACACCGCCCCCUGCUGGCGGCAGGCCGCUCAAACCGGAUUUUAAAUCAGUUUUCUUUCUACUGUCCAGGCUUUUAUUUCAUAAACUGAUCCACGGUUUCUACAUGUUCUUGUAAAAAUACAACCGAAUGUUUAUCUUUUGAAAUAGAACAAAAGAAUAUAUAAAUGAAUUAAAUUUAGCACUCAGCUUUGUAAGAGUAGCAGAGAAUGAGCACUGAAGCACUUCUGACGAUCAGAAGAAAUCUGAAUUACUUGAAAUAUUAAGUGUGAAUUGUGAAAGCCCAACUGAUGCUGUAUAUAAUAAAUCUAUAUGCUAUUAACCUCAAAAGACCUUUUAAUGUGCAGUGCAUUUAUUUUUAUCUGUAAAGCCCAAUGGAAAGUCAUGGAAAUGAAAUGUUAUUUAUUAAAUUAUAUAUAAAGAAAUAAAAAUGUGACGUGCACCAAUAGCCUUAUCAAAUUAAAAGUAUUUUUUUUAUUUGCAGAUUUUCUGAAAGAAAUGAUACCUUUUAGGAUUUGCUUAAAUUUGAACAAAAGAUUAUGUUAACAUAAAUAUUGAUUAAUAUCCCCAUUUUGGAUAGUUUUUGUAGACAUAAAUGACUUGGAAAACUAAUAAAUGCUCUGUUUAUCUUUGGCAUAUAUUCAUACAUAUUUAAGGUUUAUGCUCCUUGAAUUACUUUUUUUAAAAACUUUUUUCUUUUGAUUGAUUAGUUUAUGUUACUUUUUCACAUUGUUAAAUAUGUAAAGAGGCAGAAAUAAUCUUAUGGUCCAGUAAUAAUACGUUCAUACCAGAUUAGGAUGAUCAAAUGGUAAUAUAAAAUUCAGAUUUUAAAUUUUGAUUAUUUUUUACAGUGGGAAGCUGU